AUGACUUCUCAACAGGAAACCUUUAAAAUAUUUGUCCUGAGACAUGGACAAAGUGAACUGAACCAUGAAAACAUCUUUUGUGGGUGGAUUGAUGCAAAACUUACAGAAAAAGGUAAACAGCAGGCACGUAAUUCUGCUCAAUUAAUUAAACAAUAUUGUGAAGCUAAUGAAGAAACAUUGCCUCAGAUCGGGUAUACAUCUCGUUUGGUUCGUACGCAACAAACUAUGGAGGUGAUAAUGGACGAAUUGGCCUUAAAGGGUAAUUUCUCAGUGAUCAGUGGUGACGUACACGCUUUAAAGAAAAUUGAAUUGCCACAGGAAGCGUUAGUCAAGGGUCAAUUACCUGUCUUACAGACCUGGAGACUGAAUGAACGUCAUUAUGGUGCUUGGCAAGGUCAGCGAAAGCCAAACGUCCUGAAGGAUGUUGGUGACGAGGAGUAUAUGCGUAUUAGAAGGGAUUACCGUGGGAAACCACCUCUAGUUGAUUUAUCACUUGAGAUGGUUCAACCUAAUGAAAAAGGGGCUGCAACUGGAUAUGAGUUUAAGGAACCUAACAGAACAGUUAAAUAUGCCACUGAGGAUGCUGCUGGCGAAACAUUACCAAUUAGUGAGUCCUUAGCAGAAGUUGUCACUAGAAUCAGACCCUUCUAUGACGGUAUUGUAUUGAGAGCAGCUAAAGAAUACAAUUUGAAUUCAUGUAUUAUUGUCGGUCAUGGUUCUUCGGUGAGAUCAUUGUUAAAAAUCAUUGAAGAUAUUACCGAUCAAGAUAUCAAAAAUGUUGAUAUUCCUAAUGGUAUUCCUUUGGUCAUUGAAUUUGACAAAAGCGAUCUAAGUUUUAUCAAGAGCUUUUACUUGGAUCCGGAGUCUGCUAAGAUCAAUGCAGCUAAGGUGCGUAAGGAAGGAUUUGAGAAGAACCCAUAG